UGUUUUCACGCAUUCACUUGCGUCAUUUUUCCGUUUCAUGUGUGUGUGGAAGAAGGCAUGAUGGUUGGUAUAUUGUGUGCGUGUGAACGUGCGUGACUCAGCCCAUAUCAUGGUUAGAGUGGUCUGGAACGUUUGUCUGCAAAGUCCCUCAGGACUCUUUCUAUUUCGUAUUUCGGGGUCUGUCACUGCUUCCCCUAUCUCCCCGACGUUUCAAAGCAGAUUUGCACACAGAUGUAGAUCUACGGGAGUGAGUAAACCCUUUAACUUUAGUCUUGCUUACAGAAUGUCAGGCGGAUGUUGUGGAUCGACAAGUGCCAAAGUCGCUUCGAUCAUCCUGAUCAUUAUUGGAAUAAUAUUCAUCAUUGCGGCAAUAGUUUUUGUGCCACUGGUUGGUGGUCCGGCAAAUAUCGGAGGAGCAAUGUUGAUAACAGAGGGCGUGCUCGGUCUCAUCUUUGCCUACAAUGCAGAAAAUAGAUGUUGGAUGAUAACAGUCAACGUAGUUUCUAUUAUUAUGGUGGUUAUCUCGGUUGUAUGGCUAAUUGGAAGCCUAUCUUUUGCUGGAAUAUUAAUCGCCCUCAAAGUGGGUUGCAGUAAUUGCGGUAAAGAUGACUACCUCUGCAACGAAAAGUGUGGCAUUUCUUUUGAGUAUGUUAUCCCCGGCGGAGUAAUUUUGGUUCUAUUCUCAGCCAUUAUUCUUGCGACGUCAAUCGUGUUGAUUGUUUCAUCUUGUACUUGCCGCAGAUCAAAUAUGGAUUCUGCUCCAAUAUAAUGAUGUUGGAUCUUUGCCAAUGAUACAUUAAUCAUCAACGUGGACGUACAUUAUUUUAAUUGAAGCUGCCCUCUUUAAUUUGAAAAAGUAGCCUCGAAAAGAAGCACAUGGACUUUCUUUUUACUUUGCAAAUGCAGUAGAAAAAAAGCCCAUCUAGAAAGGAAGCCAUUUCAUAAAGAAGCCCAUCCAAAGUUCUAAAAAAAAAUAAAUAAAAAAAAGAAGAAGAAGAAGAAGCAGAAGCAGCAGCAGCCGCCGCCGCCCAGGGCUUCUUUUCGAGGUUUACGGCGGUAUUUUGUAUUAAUUUUUAUUAAUUCAUAUCUUAUGAUUGUUGAUCUUUUAGAAUCUACAAUCAACUACGUUUCUCAACAAUAAUAAUCAUAUACUGGGUACAAUAAUAAUAAUAAUAAUAAUAAUAAUAAUAGGCUUAGUGGUAUUGUACAAUAUUUUACAUUGAUACAUAUUAUAUUAUACAUUGAUUUCGUUUUAGCUUACCUAGAUGUUUACAUGCAUUCCAUUUUAAGAGCAUUUGUAAAAUAUUUAAUAGCAAUUUGUGAGUUCAAAUUCACAAUUCAUUUGGAUACAGUAAUGUAAAACAAUCAAACGUUAGAAGAGGCCUACAAUAUCGAAUACAGUAAGGCCCAUUGAUUGUAUCGGUAGUAUUUUAUAUGUAAUAUUUUUAACUUUGUAU